AUGAGGCGUCCUUCCGUUUUGCUCAUGUGCGUCUUUACCAUCACGUGCGUAAAAGCAGUGCACGAGCAGGAGGACAAGGAGAGGCGCUUUUUGUGCACCGUGAUCCCCGUUGAUAAAGACCCGAUCUGUCCCGUCCAGGUGGAGUUUGCUCAGAGUGUUCAGGGUGAAGGUUUGAGGAAGACGGUGAUGCAGCUCCGAGAGACUGUUCUCCAACAACAAGAGACUAUAACCCAGCAACUGGGUGCCAUCAAAGAGCUCACAUCCAAACUGUCCCAGUGUGAGAGCACCUCGGAAGAGUCUUCAUCGUGGAGGAACGGUAAAGACACGAUGGACGAUGUCCCAAGAGAUCCAAACGAAACUCUGGACGCGCUGGGUAAGACCAUGCAGAGUCUGAAGGACAGGCUUCAAAACCUGGAGCAACAGCAGAUGCGAGCUAGCCUUUCUGGAGCUCCAUUUCCCAGUGAGCUGCGAGAGCUGCUGCAACGUAGGCUGGGCGAUCUAGAGAGCCAGCUCCUGAGCAAAGUCAAUGAGCUGGAGGAAGAGAAGUCACAGCUGUACAACGAGACAUCUGUUCAUCGCCAGCGAACAGAAAACACCCUUAACACCCUCAUUAACAGAAUCUCUGACCUGGAGAAAGGUACAGUAUUCAAGUCCCCUGAGGAUUUUAAACUCUCCCUACCCCUGCGCACAAACUACCUUUUUGGCCGAGUGAAAAAGAGCCUGCCAGAAAUGUAUGCCUUUACCGUGUGCAUGUGGCUCAAGUCCAGUGCCAGCCCUGGCAUUGGGACCCCUUUUUCUUAUGGUGUCCCCGGGCAAGCAAACGAGAUUGUGCUGAUUGAAUGGGGCAACAAUCCAAUCGAGCUACUCAUCAAUGACAAGGUGGCACAGUUACCUCUGUCUCUGAAUGAUGGACGAUGGCACCACAUCUGCAUUACCUGGACUACCAGAGAUGGUUUGUGGGAGGCCUAUCAGGAUGGCCAGAAACUGGGAUCAGGGGAGAACCUGGCCCCAUGGCACCCCAUCAAACCUGAUGGAGUCCUCAUUCUGGGCCAGGAACAGGACAUGGUCGGGGGCCGAUUUGAUGCCACGCAAGCCUUUGUUGGGGAACUGAGUCACUUCAACAUGUGGGACCGGGUUCUCCGAUCUGUAGACAUCAGCGCCAUGGCCAACUGCUCCUCCUACAUGCCUGGGAAUGUGGUGGCCUGGGCUGACAACAACAUUGAGGUGUUUGGCGGUGCCUCAAAAGGGUCACUUGAGUUAUGUGAAGACAGGAUUUUUAUCAAUUAAAGACUUAUAUAAACUCAAACUGAGUCCCAAAUACUUCUCCUUGUGUUUUGUGAUUCUGUUUCAUAAUGCAGUAUGUAUUUUUAAAAUAAUGUUUGUAUUUUAUGUUACAGAAUAUGUGUGUGUGCUUUGGUAGGCUUAAUAUUAAAAUAGUGUCAUUUAAAAGGGGUUCACUAAUGAUGUGUGGACAGUGUGGUUUACUAACAGAUCUGUAUUAAGAAAAUCCUUUUUUUAAUGGAUCUGGAGAAGAUAUCCAGGGAGGGGAGGAUUUAACUAUAGUAACUGUGAUGUAGUUUUAUUUGUUUUUUUAUUUAGGACUUUUUAAAAUUAUUAUUAUUAUUUUUAAUAAACUCAUAGAGUAUGUCAUGAAUUUUAAUGAAAUAUUAUAUAGGUUAUUGUUCUGAGUCAGUGAAUGCAUUAUGCAGUGGAAACAUCUCAUUAUAACUUUCUGUAGAAUUUAAUCCAGGCAAAAAAAUACUGUCAUAAAUCACACGGCCCAAAUAAUUUCCUCUAGUUGUAUACACCUUUGUGACAUAUUUUGACAUCCAAAAUUAAUGAUAAAAUGCAAACUUGUUUUUAAAGGGAAACUUGUGCGUUAUGUUCAGGUUUGGCUCUGUAGUUUUGUGUUUAUGAUUAAUGGUUCUCUUGCAUUGUAUGAAAGGCCUUUGUUGUAAAACUUUGUGCGAAUGCUUAUAUUGCUGUUUACCAAUGAGAGAAUAUAUGAACAUU